AUGGCCCUCGCCCUCCUGCUCCUGGGUGAGCCCGGCAGCACCGCCUUGCACUGCACGGGCACUGCACUGCACGGGCGCUGCACUGCACGGGCGCUGCACUGCACGGGCGCUGCGCAGGGUCGGUGUGCGUAUGGCACGGAGCCAUUCCCCGUGCGGCUGGCCGGGGGUCCCGGGCGCUGUGCCGGGCGGGUGGAGGUGCAGCACAACGGGCAUUGGGGCACCGUCUGCGAUGACGACUGGGGGCUACCGGACGCGACGGUGGUCUGCAGGCAGCUGGGCUGUGGGACUGCCCUGGCUGCCCCACCGGGAGCCUGGUUUGGAGAGGGUUCGGGUCCCAUCUGGCUCAACGGGUUGCGGUGCCGGGGCACCGAGGAGCGUCUGGCCCUGUGCCGGCACCGGGGCUGGCGUCCCCACGUCUGCGCCCACGAAGAGGAUGCCAGUGCUGUCUGCUCAGCGCACCGCUUCCAGCCCCUCAGCACCACCGAGCCACCCUGGACCCCCACGCCGUCACCCACCAUCACCCAGCCACCCGUUACAGCAUGCACGGAUGCAGCGUGCGCAGGGGGUCCCACCAUGCGGCUGGUGGGGGCUGCGGGGCGCUGCGCCGGCCGGCUAGAGAUCUUCCACGCUGGGCACUGGGGUACCGUCUGCGACGACCUGUGGGGGCUGCCGGAUGCGGCAGUGGUCUGCCGGCAGCUGGGCUGCGGGGCUGCCCUCGACGCCCCCCGGGCAGCUUUUUUUGGCGAGGGCACCGGGCCCAUCUGGCUGGAUGAUGUGCGGUGCCAAGGGAACGAGUCAUCCCUGCUGGGGUGCCCGGCUUCCCCCUGGGGCGUCACCAACUGCCAGCACCGGGAGGAUGCCGCCGUUGUCUGUGCAGAUGAGCUGGCCAACCUGGAUGCCCACCCUGCAGACCCCAGUCCCCACCGACCACAGAUGAAGCUGGACUGGGUGACCCCCUCCACACGGCCCCGUGCCCCUGGCUCUCCCCAGAGCACCACAGUCAGCCAGUCUGCUGCAAGGACAGCCCGCAAGGGCUGGGGCUGUGCUGGGCAGACUGUGCAUGAUUUGGGCAAAGUGAGACUGUACUGGUCAUACUGGUGCCAUACACCUUUCCCCCUGUGCACAGUGGUGCCAGCCCGGCUGAGGGGCAGCCACUUACGUUGCACUGGGCGCCUGGAGCUCCAAUUCGCCGGCAUCUGGAGCUCUGUCUGCGCCGAAGGCUGGGGCCUGGAGGCUGCCCGGGUGUUGUGCCGCCAGCUGGGCUGUGGUCGCCCGCGCCUCGUCCCGCCACCCUGCAGCCCCGCGGCAGCCGGUGCUUCCCCGGCAGUGCUGCAGCGGGUGCAGUGCACUGGGCUGGAGCCGGACCUGGAGCAUUGCAUCCUCCAGGCAGGGCACCCAUCAUCCUGCCCCACGGAUAGGGUGGCUGCCGUCGAGUGUGAGGAGCCUUUUCAGCUGCGGUUGGUGGGUGGCCCCCGGCGCUGCGCUGGGCGGUUGGAGGUGAACCAUGAUGGGCGGUGGGGCACAGUCUGCGAUGAUGGCUGGAGCAGGACCAACGCAGAGGUUGUUUGCCGGGAGCUGGGCUGUGGGGUGGCAGGGCCUGUUGGUGACCUCCCCCGGGGACGGCCCCGCUUCGGCCCCGGUGCUGGACACAUCUGGCUAGAUGACGUCCGCUGCCAGGGUCAGGAGGGGACCCUGCAGAAUUGUGCCCACCGCAUCUGGGGACGCCAUGACUGCACCCACCAGGAGGACGUCGGCGUGGUCUGCCAGGAUGCUUGAGCAGCGCAGCUCUGCCCCUGGAUGGUCCCCGAUCUCGACAGCCACCAUGUCCCCCUCCAGAGCAACCCUCCUGUGUAUCUCCCUGGGGGACCCCAUGCACAACACCCCACAGGAGGCCAUGGGUGGCAGCCCAUGGCCCUGCCCCAGCCCCUUGUCCUCCUGCACAGUCAUUAAAUGUGGAG